AUGAAUCUUGCCCCAUGGGUGUAUCAGUUAUUAACAAUUUCGGUGUGCUGGGCCAGUCAAUAUGACAAUGGAGGUGAUAAAAAUGCACUAACAGCCGCCGUUUCGAUUGAAAAUACCACAGUGCGUCUAGAACCUAUAGAGGGAACACCUAACUAUAGGCUCAUAAGGUCAGAAAAAGGCACACAAUGGUUUCCAGAACGGGAAAUAAAAUUAGAUAGCUGUGUCAGAAGAGCACAAUGUGAACCUCUUAACAAAACUACUUGCCUCGGAGUAAAACUGCCAUACAAUACUACAAGCGUCCGUUUGACAUUUUAUGAAAGUCAGUACAAAAUACAAAAUCAAUUAGAAUUAUACAGAGAAUUGAUAAAUGUACCAAAAUGUUGGGCCGUCAUACAGCCGCUCCUAUGUGCCACAUUUAUGCCAAAUUGCGAACGAAUAUUAGGUCAAGAUAUGGUUUAUCUGCCAUCUUAUGAGAUGUGCAAAAUUACAAUGGAACCAUGUGCAAUAUUGUACAAUACUUCAUAUUUUCCGUCCUUUCUGAAAUGCAAUGCAACUCUGUUCCCGCCGAAAUGCGAGAACGCUGCCAGAGAAAUGAAAUUUAAUACCACUGGAAAAUGCUUACCACCACUAAUACAUACAGACAAAAAACUGCAUUUUUAUGAAGGUAUAUCAGGCUGUGGCCUACCUUGUCGAGAUCCGCUGUACACUGAGGAUGAACACCAACAAAUACACCGCCUAGUGGCUUGGGGAGCUGGAGUGUGCCUCGCACUGAACUUGCUAACAGUGGCCACAUUUCUAAUAGACUGGAGGAGUGCAAACAAGUACCCUGCCUUAGUGAUUUUCUACAUAAAUGUGUGCUUUGCAGUUGCUUCUAUGGGAUGGUUAGUGCAAUUUGGUGUGGGAUCAAGAGAUGAUAUUGUAUGUUCCAAAGAUGGUACGAGGAGACAGGGGGAACCUUCUGCGGAAGAAAAUUUAUCCUGUGUUGUAGUUUUUGUAUUGGUGUAUUACUUUAUGAUGGCGGCAUGCGUGUGGUUUGUGAUAUUUACUUAUGCAUGGCACAUGAGUUUCAGAGCAUUAGGCAAAAUUCAGGACCGUAUCGACAAAAAAGCAGCUUACUUCCAUCUGGUAGCAUGGUCUUUACCAUUAAUUUUAACUAUAACCACCAUGGCCUUUGGAGAAGUAGAUGGUAACAGUGUGACAGGGGUCUGCUUCGUUGGCUACGUGAAUCAUCCGAUGAGAGCCGGUCUGCUAUUAGCACCACUGUCUGUUGUUUUGUUACUGGGAGGAUACUUUUUGCUUAGAGGUGUAUUCUCGCUAAUAGCGGUGCGCGUGUCCAGCAAGGACGUGAUCUCGCCGCGCGCCGCCAACAAGAUCCGGCAGACCAUCACGCGCUGCUCGCUAACAGCCGCGCUUGUCGCCAUCUUCAUAUGUGUCACCUUUGCCUGCCACGUCUACGAGUUUCGGAAUGCUGAUGCGUGGAAGGAGGCCUUCAAGAAGAAUAUCAUCUGCCGCCUGGAAGGCUUGAAGGAGGGGAGCGGGCGCGAGUGCGGCGCGGGCGCGCGGCCGUCGGUGUCGGUGCUGCAGCUGCGCCUGCUGUGCUGCUUCGCGGCGGGCGCGCUCAUGGCCUCGUGGACCUGGACGCCGGCCGCCGCCGCCGCCUGGAGGCGUUAUAUGGCUAAGAAGUGUGGGUGUUCAGUGGAGGCGGACAUGACGCGGCGCGCGCGCAAGCACGAGCUGAUAGCGCGCGCGUACAAGCGCCGCAACGAGUUCAUCACACGCGGCCGCCUCUCCAUCUCGCUGGGCGGCUCGCGGCAGGACCCCGUGGCCUUCUGCCUGGACCACACCUCGCCCGUGGACUAUCCCGACGACGGGAAACAUGAGAGCGCGUGUUACCGCAGCGCGGAGCUGUCGUCGUCGUGGGCGGCCAACCUGCCGCGCUUCGUGCGGCGCCGCGACGCGCUCGUGCUGCCCGCGCACGCCCACGACCUCAGCUCCACGCCCGACAGGCGCAACUCGCAGGAUUCGCAAAUAAGCAUCAGUUUACGUCACGUCUCAGUGGAAUCUCGUCGCAAUUCCCUCGACAGCCAGCUCUCAGUUAAAAUUGCUGAAAUGAAGACAAAAGUAGGGCGACGUCGCACAAAGCACAGCAAAGCUAAGAGAAAGCGCGCCUCCCGCAAAGAAAGCACCCCGUCCAUUGAGAGUCAGAUCAGCAGAUACUGGCUUCAAGCCGUCGCAGCCAACAACGACCCGUCGAGAGAAGAAGUCAAGUUUAGCUUUGAU